UCGGAUCUGAUUCAGGUUCAAACCCGUUUGAUGGAUCCGGCUCCUACCGAAUCACUUCGGAGAGAAAGAGAGACGAGGAGAGAGAGAUCACCGGUGUGGUGAACCAUGGAUUCGAAGAAACGAAGAAAGAUAUUAGAGAAGAAACAGACGAUUCAUGAUCUUAUAAAAAGAGCUUCUUCCCUUUUCGAUCCUCUUUCUCCCUUUGAUUCCUUCCGCCAUUACAGAAAAAAUGACUUAUCCAUGUACCUGGAAUCUGGCCGUGGAGAUAGACUUUCCUCGCCUCUGAAGCAACACAUCCGAAAGCUCUUGAAGACGAACAUGGAAGGGUUCUACGGGUCUGAUUGGCCAAUACAAGAAAAGGCAAAGCGUAAGGAGAUGUCUUCCACAGACGCACAUUAUAUAAUUGUGCGUGAAGUGCGUUAUGGUAAACCUUAUGAGUCGUCUACUCGAAGGAUUUGCUCGGAAGGGUGUAAUCAGAUAGCUGGAUUUGUGCAUUACCGGUUUACUUUGGAGGAAGAGAUACCUGUCCUUUAUGUUUAUGAGAUACAGCUCGAAUCCCGGUUUCAAGGAAAAGGACUGGGAGAAUUCUUAAUGCAGUUGAUGGAGCUCAUUGCUUCUAAGAAUCGGAUGAGUGCUAUCGUGCUAACUGUUCAAACAUCUAAUGCAUUGGCAAUGACUUUCUACAUGAGCAAGCUAGGGUAAGAGGUACAGAAUAUCAAGCAUUUCACCAUCCAGAACUAAUAUUCCGACUAUGUUGGCGAAGUAUGAGAUACUGUGCAAAACAUUUGAUUCUGAAGCUAAAGCUGUUUUGGAGGUUUGAUCCUUUUUCUGCAUCACUCGCAUUUAUGACGAAAUUGCUGAUCAAAUAUAGACAUUUUACUGCUUCUUGUGCUUUAUAUCUUGGUGUUGUAUUUUGAUACUGCUAUGUUUUGCAUUAUUUUCUAAGACGAAUGACGAAGAACAAAGCAAAGAUUGAGUAUCAAGCUUAGUUUUAAGAAGCACGACCAAGGAGUGCCUAGGCGCAAGGCGAUCCGGGAAAGAUCGCCUGAACCUGUCAAGGCGAGGCGGACUACAAAAGGCGCGCGACUUUAUGCGGUUAACCUGGUGCGUCUGGCGGUCGAGACGGUCGGCUUUUCGGUUUACUAACCAUUUAGAGAUUGUACAAAGUUAGUAUUAGCCUAUUUUGGGCCUGAUUAGACUCUGAACAAAUCUUGUAUUGGGUUUCGAUUUUUAUGAAAUUCAGAGAUAUCAUUUCG